AUUAGUUUCACCUGAGCCUGGUGCUUUAAACUAACCUAAUUUUGUUACGAUGGCGGGUUGUGUGUGGACGUGGAUUUUAAAGCUGUGUGUUUUCACUAAAAUCCUUCUCUUAACAACUGCACAGACCAAGCAUAUGGCAAACGUCGCUAUCAACAAACCAUGCAACAUCAGCUCACGGUAUGUGGAGAAUAACUCAUCUAAUAACUGUUCAGCUGCUAUCAAUGGAAACACUAGCACAAUAUUCAUCACAGAGAAAACGUCUCAGAACUGCAUCCACACCAACGAAUCUGAUUUCCAUCCAUUCUGGUCAGUGGAUCUGGGACAGAACUUUUCUGUGCACAGUAUAACCAUCUACGGACGCUACCAAAUGAACAGAAGAAUGGAAUGUGUUCAAGUCUCGCUCGAUGGACGAGAGCUUUAUAAGUUCCCGUGUCCAGGCACAACAAAUGUGAGAACAGACAUCACCUUAAAUCCGCCUCAACGUGGUCGAGUGGUUAAGAUCACAAGAGACGAAACACUUGUCGCAGAUCUCGCGCCAUUUUUAAACAUUUGUGAAAUCCAAAUAUGGGGUCUAGUGUGUUCAUCCGGCUAUUGGGGAGAGAACUGUGCAUCCUGUGGACCUGGAUGUAGUAAUGAUUGUGAUUCUAUCGAUGGAACUUGUGGGUGUACUAACGGGUGGACAGGACCACGAUGUACGGAGUGUUCAAACGGUCAUUACAACGUGUCUAACGCCUGUGUCACCUGUGGUAAAGGAUGUAACAACACAUGUAGCAGGACUGACGGGACAUGUCAGUGUCGACCAGCAUGGCAGCCUCCUCUGUGUCAACGUUGCUCAGACGGUCACUACAACGUGUCUAACGACUGUCACAACACCUGUGGUGAAGGAUGUAACAACACAUGUAGCAGGACUGACGGGACAUGUCGGUGUCAGACAGGAUGGCAGCCUCCUCUAUGUCAGCAAUGCUCAGACGGUCACUACAACGUGUCUAACGACUGUCAAAACACCUGUGGUGAAGGAUGUCAUGACAUUUGUAGCAAGACUAACGGGACAUGUCAGUGUCAGCCAGGAUGGCAGCCUCCUCUGUGUCAAAGCUGUGCAGUGGGUUACUGGGGGGACACCUGUACACACCUGUGUGGUCCUGGCUGUGAGGACGGAGUUUGUGAUGUUGUCCAUGGAACUUGUAACUGCAAAAGAGGAUGGAAAAUGCCUUCCUGUGAAGAAUGCAUAGAUGGUCGUUACAAUGUGUCCAACGACUGUCAAAACACCUGUGGUGAGGGAUGUCAUGACACCUGCAGUAGGACUGACGGGACAUGUCAGUGUCGUCCAGGAUGGCAGCCUCCUCUGUGUCAACGUUGCUCACCUGGUCACUACAACAUGUCUAACGACUGUCAAAACACCUGUGGUGAAGGAUGUCAUGACAUAUGCAGCAGGACUGACGGGACAUGUCAGUGUCGGCCAGGAUGGCAGCCUCCUCUGUGUCAACGUUGUGCUGGAGGUCACUGGGGGGACACCUGUACACACCUGUGUGGUCCUGGCUGUGACAACGGAGUUUGUGAUGUUGUCCAUGGAAUUUGUAAAUGCAGGGUAGGGUGGGAAAUGCCCAUCUGUGAAGAGUGCAUAGAGGGUCAUUACAAUGUGUCAGACGACUGCCGAUCUACCUGUGGUGAAGGAUGUCAUGACACAUGUAGCAGGACUGACGGGACAUGUCAGUGUCGUCCAGGAUGGCAGCCUCCUCUGUGUCAGCAUUGCUUAUCUGGUCACUACAACGUGUCUAACGACUGUCACAACACCUGUAGUGAAGGAUGUCACGACACAUGCAGCAGGACUAACGGGACAUGUCAGUGUCGUCCAGGAUGGCAGCCUCCUCUGUGUCAACACUGCGCAGUGGGUCACUGGGGAGACACCUGUACACACUUGUGUGGUCCUGGCUGUGAGAACGGAGUUUGUGAUGUUGUUCAUGGAACUUGUAACUGCAAGAGAGGAUGGAAAAUGCCUACCUGUGAAGGGUGUGCAGAUGGCUGGUCUGGGGCUGAGUGUACAGAGUGUAAUGGCUGCACCGACAAGAGUUAACCCCUUCACUUCCCAGUAAACAACAAAAAUACUGACAUCUUGUGAUCACAUCAACCCAAGUGUUAGGUCAUAAACUGCAAGUCUAGGAAAGCCAUCAAAAGUUUAAAGCUUCUGUGUUUUUAUCCAUUUUGUUAACUUUCUGUCAGCAGUAGAAAUAUGUAUUAGAUAAUAAACAUUUGUAGAAGCAGUAAUUUCACAAUAAUUCCUUAUCAAUUAUUUUGGAAUUAGUUUGGCUGUUAUCAAAGUUAAACACACUUUUUUCCCUGAAUUUUGUUUCAGAUAAUCAUUGGCAUUUGCCUGAUAGUUACAAUAAAUUUUAUCAAAUCUCCUUAUGAAUGAUGCACACGUACAAUUUUGAAAUUUCAAUUAAAAAUUGUUUAAUUCAAUUUAUAAAUGAAGUCGCUGUUUGAAAACGAGAUGAUUUGUGAAAAUCUAAUAAAUUUAAUAUUAUAUAUAUAGAAGACCUACAAUGCAGCUCUAAAACGAAAAAUAUGUUUAUGAAAUCAUUUUGUCAAAUUUAGUAAUGAACUGUUCUGUUUUACUGUUUUAGAUUUUUCUACAUGUUCACCUGCAGAUGCUUGUUUUUAUGUUUGCACUUAUUCGAAUGCAUUUCAAAUUGUUUAUAAAGCUGUGCUUCCAAAUUCACUUUUAAUCACUUUGUCACGUUUAAUACAUUUUCUGCAGUGCAAAGUUUUUUGUUUGAAUACUUAUCGACGAAACUUCAAUGACAAUGACAAUACCAAUGACAGUAAUAUGAAAGAACUACAAAAUUUAAAACAGUUGCCAGGGUUGUCGUCCGUGACGUGAUCCAACAUCUCAGAUAAUUAAGUGAAAAAUAAUGUAAAUAGUUCACGACAGUUUUCAUGUUUAACCUAAAAAUAGUAGCAAAUAAAUAUUUUUAAAAUAAACAUUUAGUACAGUGUGGGAUUUAAUUAUUCCUCAUUUUGUUAUCUUUUUGUAUUAUUUCUAUUUUUACCUCGGUUAUUACAUUUCCUAUUUAUUUAGCGUCCGUUUUAUAACACUGCUUUACUUUUUAAAAAUAAUUAUUGUUGAUAGUCGCGAUAACUUGAAUUAGUCAAGUUUGUCAACUGACGUUCACUGUUAACAGUUAAUAUUUCUAUAUAAUAAGAGUGAGGCACUGAAUGUUCAUUCAGCACAUCCGACUACAGCAACAGCAGCAUUGUAUACAAAAUUCUCAGAACUUGUAAUGAAAAUAUAGCAGCCUACUAUUCGCUUUUGUUCUAUGCCGACACCAAGGGACCUACCGGCGAUUGGAUGUGACUACAUCAACAUAAUCAGGAACUUAAUUAAACUUAUGAAGAAUAAAUAUUGUGUGUAUGCAAA